GCGGCAGCCGGUUGGCACUGUUCAGUGAUCCCAUCGCCGUUCCAGAGGUAGUCGGAAUUGAAGCAAGCGGGAGAGUUUCCGGCGGAAGCGUAGCGAGAGGCUGCUUUUUCAACUGCAGCGCCGUCUUCCAUUCCGCGUACUCGAGCGGGUGCUGUUUCCGUCGGUGCGAGUACAGAUUCGAGUUAGAAUUGAACGUCUUCGGACAGAAGUUACAAGUGUAGAGAACCUCACCAGUAUGAAUGGUUUCGUGUUCCUAAAAAAGGAAGAAAAUUGUAAGUAAGUAAAUCUUAAACUACAACUUUUCUAGAGUACCUUCAAAUCAAUGGGUCGUUUAAACGCUUUAUCACAGUAGCCGCACUUGUAAAUACGUUGAUCCUGGUGCAUAAACUUCUUGUGAUUUUUUAGCUGCUCUGGAUUGGGAGCCGUCUUACCGCAGAUGUCGCACGUUACUGGACCCACGCUUUGGCAGAUUUUCCUGUGGGUCCAAAUAGAUUUCUUAUUCUUCAUCCAUUUGUGACAGUGCUCGCACUGGAUCUUCAGCUGUUCCAGCCCUUCAGCAGUGUGCGACAACUGGUGAGUUACCAAAUCGGAACGCUGGCGGAAACCACGGGCACAUAUAUCACAAACGUACUUUGCCGCAGCACCGUGCUUCGAAUGUUGAUGUGUUUUGUAGGAUUGAUUGGUGCGAAAAGCUAUAUCACACGGAGCGCAGUAGAAACGCUUCUCGGCUAUCGAUGUGUGUUUCAUUUUGUGCGAAGUCAGGUGAUAGGACUUUGCAAAACUGGCAUCGCACUCGUCGCAUUUGAAUAUCUUCUGUUCGUCUGUCACAUGAGUGUAAUCCAUGUGCAACUUCAAAGCCAAUCCACUGUGGAAAAAUUUCACGCAUACGUGGCAUUUGAAUUUCUCCGGAUCCUCGUGGUAUUGAGCAUGUUGAUAGAGAAACGUUCGCUUGUAAAAUCUAUGCUCGCAACAUAUCACCAUCGGAUUACAGUUGUGAACCGCUUUGGUGUGGUUCCUCAGUUCGUUGAAAGUAUCCGAAGUGAACUCACAUUUUGAGCAGAAAAUACUACAAUAUUUUCUAAUCAGUUCAUCCUCUUUCGCUACUUCUUCUCUACAUCUCGGAACAGGGACACGUUUCUCUGCAUUCUUUUUUGUUUUCCGAGGGGUAUAUUUUCUUUUCGGUUUGCUAGCGUCUUUGCGUGCUUUGCGCUUCGACAGCACUUCAUCGUCCGAGUCGAUAUCCUGCGAAGGAUCCCAAUCAGAACCUUCCUGCUCUUCUUUGAAGUCAUUGUCAGAUUCAUCCGAAUUAGGUUGAUUUUCUGUUUUAUCAACUUUGUUUUUUGUUUCAAUCUCUGGUUCCGAUUUCGUUUCUUGUGGAGGCAAUUUUCUUUUACGACCUCGCUUCUUCUUAACCGGAACCUCUCCUGGUUCCAUUUCUUUGUAUUCUUGCUCAUUUUUGAACCCAACCAGAGUCAUUUGGUUUAUGUCACCUGUCUUUUCAACGAGCUCAUCCAGCUUCGAAAACGAUUCGGGCAGUAUUUCCCGUUUCACGGCAGCUACUUCCGUAUCCGUCUCGAUUGGUUCCACUUUGAUUUGCACCGGAAUAACCGGAUCCGCUAGGUCCGAGUGAACUCGUUUCACCUCACAAUAGAACUUGUGGAAUUCAUCGAUCUUCUCCCAACAGCUGGUGCACAGUACGCUGGCGAAGCACUCGGUGUCCUGGAAGGAAAGGAAGAUCGAUUUAAUUUAUCCAGGGAACAAACAUUCUAAGCUUAAAUAAGUGUCAGAAUAAGUACCGGAACAGUUUACCAUGGCGGUUACAUCAUCGAUACGUAUCAAAUUUGCAAACAAGCAAAACUUACUACGAAAAUCUUAUAACGUUAAAGUCGGUAACCUCAAGAGUGUGUUGAUCUACAAAUUAAGUAAUCGAAAAACUGACCCCUCGAGUUCAAUGAAGCGAAGACAUCCAAACGAACAAGACGGAUAAACGUACCAUACUGUAAGGAAAUUCGAUCCCCCAAAAAAUAGAGAAAAUCAAUUCCGAAGAAGUGGCGACCUUGAUUAGUGUAAGAUGCAGCAUCGAAGAUGUGUCUAGACAUGAGUUGUCUAUUUAUGUUGCAUUUUUUUUUUAACAAUUAAGUUGAACUUAUCGGAACAAGCAAUUACUGCCUAUUUAUAGUCCUUGUUGUCCGAAAAAGAAACAAAACAAUUAGUUUUUUCCCUAAAUCGUAAAUUACUUACCGAAAACCAAAAGUGCGUUGUGACUAUCCGGUGCACAUCGUCGGCAUUGGUUUCGUCCGUGAUCCGGAGAUAGUUAUCCGUCCGGCGGAAACAGGUGAGGCAGGGCUGCACAAACGUGGCCAUCGUGAACGCGAUUCUGGAAUGAUGGAAGUGUUAAAUUAUAGAAAAACUGGCUGGAGCACGUAGAACUUUAAUUUUAUUUCUGUUUCUGCCACGAAAAGAUGGAAAAUAACAAUCAUCGACAAUGAUCAGAUUGCGUCCCUUGUUGCCAGCUAGUCAGAUCGGGUUGUUAAAAAAAAACACAUAAAUCCACACUUUUCCCAUUUUUCUCAGUCAUCGUACAUAAUUCCACCCCAAAAUCAUCCUUUGCUUUGAAAAAUUGGGUUCAUUUACUCAUUUCUGCAGAAAUUUUGACAUUUUGAUGAACAUAAAUAAUGUAUCAUUAAUUUUCAAUAAAUAUGAACGAUUAAUGAUGACUAGAACAAUCAGUACAUAGUCUGUUCUUGGCAUUUGUCUGUGACACUACGUGAAUUAAUCGCUGUUGACAACAUUUAUUUUCUUUCUAGAUUGUGUCUCUGUUUCUUCGUAAAUCCAGUUUCGGAACAUCACCUGCGAGUUGUACAAAAUAGAGAACCAGAAGUGGUCCACCAGAGCAUCGCCGAGUUUUGUUUUAUUGGCUUGAAUCAAUAAAUUGGGUGUUAAGUUUUUGUUGAACCCACUGAAGCAAGAAUGUCUCAGGAUUGCUGCAUCACCUGUACAAAAACUAUAGAUCCAAAUACGGUACCUUAUCUAGCAGAUCAUGAAUCUACCCGAGAGGCACUGGCCGAGCAUUUUUGGUUUGGAGAAACGAAGCUUAUAUCAGCAGUCACCUGUUUAGAGUGUUGGAAGCGAAUCGCAGAUUUCCACGAAUUCUACUGCGAAAUCGAUAGGAUUCACCACCCUCGAGAUGAGGAUUUGUUACCGGUGGACCAACCAGUGGAAGUAAAGCAUGAACUGCUCGAUGAUUCUUCUUUCUCUGGAAAGCUGGAGUUUGGUGAUGAAAAACCUAAUAAAACUGAUUUAGAAUCAACGUCUAGUAAAACAUCUGAAAUGAAUCAACCAGAUGUUAACAGAAGAGGACGGAAGCGGAAAACCCCUGACGAAAAGAUUGUGCCGAAACCUCAAUCGGAACGUUCGAGGAAAGUACAAGAGGAUAACGAGCUGUUUCAGCAGUAUUUCGAUUUGACAUGUGAUUCUUGUGGAGCCAAGUUUCCAACUUUCGCCCAAUUGCAGACUCAUUCGAUCGAAACGCAUAAAAAACAAGCUUACAUAUUUUGCUGCAGUCUCAGGUUCAAAGUUAGAUCCCGUUUGUUGGAACAUUUGCGAUACCACCAGAAUCCGGAACAGUUUCGUUGCGCACCCUGUGAUAGACAAUUUUUUAACGGCGAAACACUCAAGUACCACAACGAGACGGUUCAUUCGGACGCGGCCGAGGAAGGCUGGCGCUGCGAACCCUGUGGCAAACAGUACACGUCCAAGGUGGCUUGGAGCACUCACGUAAAAAAUAAGCACAUCAAUCGCGAAGGAUUCAAGUAUUUGUGCCACGUGUGUGCUAAGGGCUUCCAGGACCCGACCAACUAUCAGAAGCACAUGGAAAAACACACCAACACCCCGAGGACGCCCGAGGAACGGGUUCAAUGCGAGGAGUGCGAUAGUUGGAUCUACAAAAGUCACAUGCGGAAGCACAAACUGAUUCAUACUGGCAGCAAAACAUGCGAUGAAUGUGGCCAGGUUUGUCCCAGUGUUUUAUCGUUCAAAUAUCACAAGCUACAACACAGGAAACCGGAUCUUUCGUGUACGGUGUGUGGCAAAACUUUCAAAAAGGCAGUUAAUUUCAAGGAACACAUGGCCGCUCACAACGGAGAAAAAUUGUACUCGUGUGAUUUCUGUGACAAAACGUUCAAUUCCAAUGCGAACAAGGCAUCGCACCGAAAGAAGAAACAUCCCAGGGAGUGGCUGGAGGCCAAGAUGAAAAGCGACCCGAACAUGCCCGAAGACAAACGGUUGCAGUUGGUGCAAGAAAUGCGAAAUCUCAUUGAAUAAAAAAAAAAACUUUA